AGGCACUCCAGGCAAGGACUUCCAUCUCGGGAGCUCUGCAAAGCAGUGGGGAGGCGGCCCCUCUUAGUUCACCUCCGUCCUUUGGCUGGUCUCACUGCCCGACCUCAGGCUCUCUCUAUCUCCAGCUGGCUCUCUAUCCGCCCCCACACUCCCCCAACAGCUGCAAUCUGGAAGAAAUUACUCUUCAAAACAGCCAGACUUCCCCAGUUUCAGGAAAUUCCAAGCUGGCAGGGGGAGGGGCCGGGCUGGGGGGCCGCCCUCCCCGUCCAUCCCCCACCCCCUCGGCCUGAUCUCCCAGUCCCAGCCUCUUCCGGCCCCCACACUCAGCCAGGAGGGGCCUCAGUGCUUCCACAGCUGCUCUCUGGCCCUUUAAAUCCUAGAAGCAAACUUUUGGGGGAAAAGGACGGCUGGGAGGGGCCUGCACCUUAACCCUCCCUGCCCAGGGCGGACGGAGCUGGACGGAGCGGUAACUCUGCUCCGGUUUGGGCUCCUACCAUGGCCCCCGAGAGGGGCUGACACUUCCGUUCCUGGUGCAGGUGAGAUCCCCGCCCGGAGGAAGAAGGAAGGCGCCGACCUGGGACCAGGAGGCGGAGGCAGGCUCCGAACCAAGGAGAGGUGGCCGGGGUUGGGGGGUGGUCUCGGCUUGAGCCUGAGCCUGAGCGCACGCCUGCCCGCUUCAGCAAGGACUGCGAGAUGCCGGUGCUGAAGCAGCUGGGCCCCGCGCAGCCCAAGAAGCGGCCAGAGCGCGGCGCCCUGUCCAUCUCCGCGCCCCUCGGCGACUUCCGACACACUCUGCACGUGGGACGCGGUGGCGACGCCUUCGGGGACACGUCGUUCCUGAGCCGCCACGGCGGCGGGCCGCCCCCUGAGCCCCGGGCACCACCUGCGGGGGCCCCGCGCUCCGCUCCGCCGCCCUCCGUGCCGCAGCCGCCGCCACCCGCCCUCCGCGCGCCUGCUCCUGCCGACCCGCUGCUGUCCUUCCACCUGGAUUUGGGCCCUUCCAUGCUGGACGCGGUGCUGGGCGUCAUGGACGCAGAACGCCCGGGCGCCGCUGCCGCCAAGCCCGACGUGGACCCCGGCUCAGGGGCGCAGCACCCCAGGGCCCGCUGCCUCCCCAAUGCGGACCUCGAGCUGGACGACGUCAUCGGCCUGUAGGCUCCCCCAUUCCCUGCGCCUUUACUGUCCAGCGCCCCACGUCUUUAUACAUAAACCGACAAGGUCUGUGC